GAAGAAGGCGCGCCGCCGACACCGGAGCCCCCUCGGAGCACCGACACAAUCAGCGGUCCUUCCUCGCAACGCCUACCCGCGCGGCGGUGCCUCAUGCUCGGCGAGAGAUGAGUGCUCCUGGCAGCAAGUCUCAUUUGCUGCUCCUUCAGAGAAAGGCUUUGGUGCAAUUAGGGGAGGAUCUUUGAUUAGUGGCGCACCUCCCCUCGCAUUAAGCAGCUGUUGUUUAUGUGCGUGUUGGACAACCCAACAGAUGUGACUUCACGCCAUUCCCCCCCCCCCGCUGCAGAUAUUGAUCACCGUGCAAGUGAAGACCACACCUUUUGGCCCGGUGGUCGCCUGCCAUGGUCACAUGACACACCCCUGAGCGGUCCGUAGAAAGAGAGACAUCUCCCGGCCGGCCCGCCAUGACGGUGGCCGUGCGGUUUCGCCGCCACCUACGGCGGCUCCUCCUCCUGCUGGCCUCCUGCUGUGUGCUCUCCUUGCUCCUCUCCGCCUACUUCCUCUUCACCAACGCCACGCCGUCCAUGCAAAUAGGACAAUCCUCGGAGGCCGCUUGCUCGCAGCCUCUCUCCAUGUCGCCGUACCGCCGACCGCCCUACCCCUUCCCCCCGAAUGCGCCGCACACGCAGGUCCACACCGAGCCGGCGGUGCUGGUGCUGGUGGAGUCCCAGUACUCUCAGCUGGGUCAGGACAUCGUGGCUAUUUUGGAGUCGGCGCACUUCAAGUUCCGCAUGGAAAUAGCUUCAGGGAAGGGUGACCUCCCGCCGCUGACUGAGAAGGGCCGCGGACGAUAUUCACUCAUCAUUUAUGAGAAUCUCCUCAAGUAUGCACAGGCGGACACGUGGAACAGGCAGCUGUUGCAUCAGUACUGCGGCCAGUUCAGGGUGGGCAUCAUCGGCUUCUACCGCUCCACCGAGACCUCGCCGCCUCUGUUCAAACUCAGAAACUUCCCGCUGGUGCUGAGGACCAAUCAGGCCCUCUGGGACUGCUGCGUCGUGUCCGGCUCUCCCAUCCUCCACCUCACAAAGCCGGGCACCGACCGAGGGGCCUUACCCAGCGAGGACUGGACCUCCUUCUCCUCCAAUCACUCCACCUACCAGGCGGUGCUACACGCCCGGCCUAAAGACGGCUCGGGGUCGGCCACUGGCCAUUUGGGGCCUGGCUUCAGCCUGAGCCUGCAGGCCACUGUAGUCCAGGACUUGGGGCUCUAUGACGGGGUGAGGAGAGUGUUUUUUGGCCAGGGACUUAACUACUGGCUUCACAAACUGGUCUUAGUGGACGCCAUCUCCUACCUCACUGACAGGAAGCUGACUUUGGGCCUCGACCGACACCUUCUGGUGGAUAUUGAUGACAUAUUCGUGGGCAAGGAAGGGACUCGUAUGAACGUCAAGGAUGUCAAGGCGCUGCUGGAUACACAAAGACAACUGCGCUCUCACAUUUCCAACUUCACCUUCAACCUGGGCUUCUCCGGAAAGUUCUAUCACACAGGCACUGUGGAGGAGGAUGAGGGAGACGAUUUACUGCUAAAGUACGUGGAUGAGUUCUGGUGGUUCCCUCACAUGUGGAGUCACAUGCAGCCUCACCUCUUCCACAACCAGUCCUCUCUGCUGGACCAGAUGGUGCUCAACAAGGACUUUGCUCUGCAACACAACAUUCCAGUGGACAUGGGCUACGCUGUGGCCCCCCACCACUCGGGGGUCUACCCGGUCCACCUGCAGCUCUACGAGGCCUGGAGACAGGUGUGGAGCAUCCAGGUGACUAGCACUGAGGAGUACCCGCACCUCAAGCCAGCCCGCUACCGCAAGGGUUUCAUUCACAGCAACAUCAAGGUGUUGCCUCGUCAGACGUGUGGACUGUUCACUCACACCAUCUACUACAAGGAGUAUCCUGGCGGGCCUAAAGAACUCGACAGAAGCAUCCGAGGAGGAGAGCUCUUCCUCACCGUGCUGCUCAACCCUAUCAGUAUAUUCAUGACUCACCUGUCCAACUACGGCAAUGACCGCCUGGGUCUCUACACCUUUGUCCACUUGGCUUCCUUCCUCGGCUCGUGGACUAAUUUGAGGCUGCACACCCUGCCCCCCGCCCAGCUGGCCCACAGGUACUUCCAGAUGUUUCCGGAGCAGAGAGACCCCCUGUGGCAGAAUCCUUGUGACGACAAGCGACAUAAAGACAUCUGGUCUAAGGAGAAGACCUGCGACAGGCUGCCCAAGUUCUUGGUGGUUGGACCACAGAAAACAGGGACCACCGCACUUUAUCUCUUCCUCCUCAUGCACCCGUCCAUCUCCAGCAACUUCCCCAGUCCCAAAACUUACGAGGAGGUUCAGUUCUUCAACACCAACAACUACCACAAAGGCAUCGACUGGUACAUGGACUUCUUCCCUGUGCCCUCCAACGUCAGCACGGACUUCCUGUUUGAGAAAAGUGCCAACUACUUCCCCUCCGAGGAGUCCCCGCGGCGUUCUGCAGCUCUGCUGCCCAAGGCCAGGAUCAUCACCUUGCUCAUCAACCCCUCGGAUCGAGCCUACAGCUGGUACCAGCAUCAGCGAGCUCACGAGGACCACGCAGCUCUUCGCUUUACCUUCUACGAUGUCAUCAGCGCCAAAUCCGGCGUUCCGGCCGAGCUGCGUUCCCUGCAGAACCGCUGUUUGAUCCCCGGCCUGUACGCCACGCACCUGGACAGGUGGCUGGCACACUACCCCGCUAACCAGGUGAUGAUCAUAGACGGCCAUCAGCUGAGAGCCGACCCUGCUGCUGUCAUGGAUGAAGUCCAGAAGUUUCUGGGAGUCACGCCUCAUUUGAACUAUUCGCAGGCACUCACGUUUGACCCUCAGAAGGGCUUCUGGUGCCAGCUCCUGGAGGGAGGCAAGACAAAGUGCUUGGGGAAGAGCAAAGGGCGAAAGUACCCCCCCAUGGAGCCAGAGGCCCGUGCAUUCCUGUCCAGGUUCUACAGGGAACACAACGUAGAACUGUCCAAGCUGCUGCAUCGCCUGGGACAGCCUCUGCCCUCCUGGCUGAGGGAGGAGCUGCAGAAGGUUAGAUAACCUUUGCAUCCAUGAGCCGGGGUUAAUGGCCAAAGGUCAAACAGGGCGAGCUAACCGGGAAGGUCCGACGCACUCUCCGGUGGUGGACUCCCCCUACCCACCCACCACCCACCCCACCCCCGAGUGGGAAGGGCCUUGUUUUCAGGCCUGAGGGCAGAGAAGCGACAGAAGAGACAAACGCAGCUCCCAAGGACUUUCUUUGACUGCACUCUGACAGCGCUGGUCAGCUGUCAUCAACACUUUUGCACAAACAUUCCUUUACUUUCUUAUCUUCUUGCCACGGCCAGCAUGUGAGGAUGGAACCUGCUCAGCCUCCUCGCUCUUAAAGUCCGCCCACAACACACGGACAAGCAGGAGAAGACCUCCAUGGCGUCGGUGCUGAAGGCGGAGAAGAAGUAGAAGAAGUAGACGUCCAUGGCGUCAGUCCUGAAGGCAGAGAAGAAGUAGACGUCCAUGGUGUUGGUGCUGAAGGCAGAGAAGAAGUAGAAAAAGACCUCCAUGGCGUCGGUCCUGAAGGCAGAGAAGAAGUAGACGUCCAUGGCGUCGGUCCUGAAGGCAGAGAAGAAGUAGACGUCCAUGGCGUCGGUGAUGAAGGCAGAGAAGAAGUAGACGUCUAUGGUGUCAGUCCUGAAGGCAGAGAAGAAGUAGAAGAAGACCUCCAUGGCGUCGGUCCUGAAGGCAGAGAAGAAGUAGACGUCCAUGGCGUCGGUGCUGAAGGCAGAGAAGAAGUAGACGUCCAUAGCGUCGGUGCUGAAGGCAGAGAAGAAGUAGACAUCCAUGGCGUCGGUGCUGAAGGCAGCAGACGCAGCAAAGCCAAGCGAGCAGAAGCAGCCCAUGUGACAUUCCUAGCUUUUCCUUCUUUUCUGUUCCUGUGGGACGUCUGAAGUGUGAAGUGUGAAGUCAGGGGUGUCCAAAGUCCGAGCAUGCGGGGGCCGUUUUGAUAUUUUUCAUUUUUAAAACCAUGACAUGUUUUUUGUUUUUUUACCUUUUCUGCUGCUCAGGGUCUCAGUCAUAAAAAUGUUCAAAGUCAUAUUUGAACAUUUAUGGCAAAAACAAAGAAAUAUGCAAUAUUUCCCCCAAAAAGAUUGUAAAAGUGUAAUUUGAUGUGGAGCAUUUAUGGCCUUCAAUAAGUCAAUCAUUCAUAACAACAUUGACUUCAAUUCAUCUUUCUUUUCUGAUCAAUGACAGUUUAAGAAAAAUGACACUAAAAUUGUUGGGUCCCAUCAUAAAAGUCUUAAAAAGGAGCCAUCCUGUAUUUGACUUUGAAAGCUACUGAAAUGUGAUGUUCUUAUUUAAAGGUCCAUUCUAUGUGUCAUACUUCAUCAUUUGGCGAUAUUGACAUAUUUUUGCUGAAAGGAUUUAGUAGAGAACAUCCACCAUAAAGUUGGCAACUUUUGGUGUCUGAUAAAAAAGCCUUGCCUGUAGCAGACGAGUAGCGUGACGUCACAGCUUGUGGAGCUCCUCACAUCCAAACAUUGUUUACAAUCAUGGCCACCAGCAGCCAGAGACAUUCGGACCGAGAAAGCCACGAUUAAUUUGAGCGAGGAUGAAAGAUUUGUGGAUGAGGAAAGUGAGAGUGAAGGACUAGAAGGCAGUGGAAGAUGCUGUGAGACCUGAUAUUCAGCUGGGAAUGACUAAAACAGUAAAUAAACACAAGGCAUAUACACUCUUAGAAAUAAGGGUUCUAAAAGGGUUCUUCUACAAGGGCUGAGGUUCUAACUGGAACCAUUUGCUUCUGAAAAACCCUUUCCCGAAGAAAGGGUUUUUCAAGGGUUCUUGGUAACGCUAAUGGUUCCAGUAAGAACCAUUUUGAUCCAGAGAACCCUUUAAAACCCCUUUUCUGAAUAAUUGGUUUUAAAAGGGUUCUCACUAACACUAAGGGUUCCAGUAAGAACUAUUUUGAUCCAGAGAACCGUUUUUGGAAGAAAGAGUUCUUCAGGGAUUGUUGAAAGCAUGGGCAAGAUCCUGUGUCACCAGGGACAUACUUCCUGAUAACAUUUGCCAAUAAUGGUGCCUAUCUUUAAAUAAAUGUUUUUCUCAUUCAAAUGUUUGUUCAAUGUCAACAUGAUAAAUGACCACAAUAUAAUAUGAACUAAACUGAUCUGUAGAAUACAAUAUGGUUCUUUAUAGAACCCUCAGAAGACAAGACGGUUAUCGGUGAAAACCUUUGAAAAGGGAUGUUUUUAGAACCCCCUGUGUCAGGUCUAGAUGAAACCCUUGAAACAUGAAAGAGUUCUUUGUGGAACUCCCUGUGUGGGUUCUAGAUGAAACCCUUGAAACAUGAAAGGGUUCUUAGUGGAACUCCCUGCAUGGGUUCUAGAUGAAACCCUUGACAAACAAAAGGGUUCUUAGUGGAACUCCCUGUGUGGGUUCUAGAUGAAACCCUGGAAAUACGAAAGGGUUCUUAGUGGAACUCCCUGCGUGGGUUCUAGAUGAAAGUCUUGAAAUACAAAAGGGUUCUUAGUGGAACUCCCUGUGUGGGUUCUAGAUGAAACCCUUGAAACAUGAAAGGGUUCUUAGUGGAACUCCCUGCGUGGGUUCUUUGUAGAACCUCUCAUGGGGGGUUCUGGGUGGAACCUUACACACACAGUUCUAGGUAGAACCCUCCAAAAGGGUUCCAGGUGGAACCUUUAUAAAAAGGUUUUACCUGGAGCCAAAAAGGGUUCUCCUAUGAGGACGAGCCGAAGAACCUUAUAUGGUUCUACUUAGCACUUUUAUUUCUAAGAGUGUAUAUACUCUAUUAGCCACAACACAACCAGGCUUAUAUUUAAUAUGCCACAAAUUAAUCCCGCAUAACAAACAUCUCCCCCCUCCCGUCCAUAUAACCCGCCAAUACAACUCAAACACCUGCACAACACACUCAAUCCCACAGCCCAAAGUACCGUUCACCUCCCCAAAGUUCAUACAGCACAUAUAUUUCCCCAAAGUUACGUACGUGACAUGCACAUAGCGGCACGCACGUACGGGCAAGCCAUCAAAUGUUUGGAAGCGUACUCACGGUACCGUGUCUGUGUAUCCAACUCAAAGUCCUCCUGGUAAGAGUCUCUGUUGUCCCAGUUCUCCACAGGCCAAUGGUAAAGCUUGACUGUCAUCUUCCGGGAAUGUAAACAAUGAAACACCGGCUGUGUUUGUGUUGCUGCAGUCGGCCGCAAUACACCGCUUCCCACCUACAGCUUUCUUCUUUGCUGUCUCCAUUGUUCAUUGAACACAUUGCAAAAGAUUCACCAACACAGAUGUCCACAAUACUGUGGAAUUUUGCCAUGAAAACAGACGACUUAAUAGCUGGCCACCAUGCUGUCCCAAAACGUCCUCCACAACCUGUGACGUCACGCGCUGACGUCAUCAUACCGAGAUGUUUUCAGCAGGAUAUUUCGCGUGAAAUUUAAAAUUGCACUUUAGUUGCAUGUGUUGCAAUGUUAAGAUUUCAUCAUUGAUGUAUAAAGUAUCAGACUAGUAGUGACUUUCAGUAGGCCUUGAAGUCUCUGGAUCAACUUCCAAUCUAUUAACUUUGUAUGUUUUAUGCCCUUUUUGUCAGGAAAAACAUGUUUUAUCAAGUCAACAAUUAUAAAAAAACAAACAAAAAAAAAAGAUUAAUUCAUCAUCAUUUUUGUGAGCAAUGAAAGUUUUUAAAAAAAUGACACUAAAAUUUUAGGGGAUCCAAAAGAGUCCCAUCAUAAAAGUGUUCAAAACAAGUCUUUUUUUUUUUUUUU